AAAAUGUUCAAGUAAGGUGUAACAACUUAAUUUAUUUAAUAAAAAUUUAACCAAAUUUCUAGUUUAAUUAAUUAAGGUUGAAAUGAAUCGUGUAAAAGAUGCUCUAAUAAUAACUUACGAACAAAAUGUUAAUUAAAUAAUUAAUUCAAAACAUAAUUAAUUUGUUUGUAUUGUAAUAACUGUCAUAAAAAUAAUGCCCUUUUUCGGUAACAAAUUUUCGCCGAAAAAACCUCCCCCUCGCAAAACUUCAAUAAAUGGGAACGCCGAAGAGAUACAAGAACGAUUACUCAACGAAAAUAGAUCGGUUCGGUUAUUACUAGGACACCAAGAAUGCACCUUCGAUAACGGCCAAUGGAUACCAAGUAGUGGAUCGCACAACAACAAAGUUAUUCAAAAAUUAGAAAAGAAAAUCGAAGAAUUAGAAGAAGAAAAUAAUAUGUUGAGGUUACGUUAUCAAAUAGUUUUAGACAUGUUAUCGGAAACGACCGCUGAAAGUAAUUUGCAACAACUAGAAAUAGAAAAACUUAGAAAAAAAUAAUUAAAAAUUAUUUAUCAAUAAA